AUGCAGAUCAAGCAUCACUUCACUUCGGUAGAGCACCCAAAAGCAAAUGGGCAAACCGAGGCAGCAAAUAAAGUUAUACUGGCAGGUUUAAUAAAAAGGUUAGAAGAGGCAAAGGGAGCAUGGACUGAGGAACUCCCUCAAGUAUUAUGGGCAUAUCGGAUUACACCUCAGUCUACCACAGGAGAAACACUCUUUCGACUUGCUUAUGGCAUAGAAGCCAUGAUACCAGUUGAAAUCAACGAGCAAAUUCCAAUGGUGAACUUCUACGACGAGGUCGAUAACGUACAGGGGAACAAAGAAGAACUCGAGUUACUUUCCGAAGUCCGAGAAUAA